AUGGCCUCAUUGCGCCCUAACGCGCAGCCGCCCUGCGACGAGCCCAGCCCCUACGUGAGCCGCGGAACCAAGUCGCGACUGCAUCAUCUAGCUAUGCUCACCCAGCAGCAGCAGCUUGACGCCUCUGCUGAAGAGCCCGACAGCACGGGAACCAACCCAGCCACUGGCAGCAACAUAGCCUUGCCCAGUGGGUCGCGCCGCCGCAUGACUCGCGCUGUAGAUAUUUUCUCGAUGGGCUGCGUCUUUUACUAUGUGCUGUCCGACGGCGACCACCCCUUUGGCGACCGCCUGAGCCGCGAGCAGCACAUCCUGGCAGGCACCCCCGACCUGCGGGCCCUGGAAUCGAGCGGCAUUCCGUCGUCCAUAGAGGCUGUCGACCUGAUUGCUCAUAUGGUGUCGCGCCAGGAGCGCGAUCGCCCGAGCGCUGCCAGCGUCCUUGUGCACCCGUACUUCUGGGACGCGACCCAGCGCCUGGCUUUUAUCCAAGAUGUAUCAGACUGUCUGGAGGCCGAGGCGAGGCUGAUCAAGGCUGCCCGGGAGGAUCUCCCCGAGCCCUCUCCUCCAUUGCUAUUGGCGAAGAAGCCCAAGGGCGCAGCCGCAAAGAAGAAGGGCAAUGCCAGCGGUGCGCAGCAGGCAGAGGCGCCGGCUUCGGCGCCCGCUGGGUCUCAUGCCAUAUCGAACGAGUCCAUCGAGGACAUUAUUGCGCGGCUGCCCGUCGAACAGGCUGCUGCUGUGCGUCGCGCUAUCACCCUGCUGGACAUUUUCGAGCAGAACAGCGAGUUUGUCAUGGAGGGCGCGCCGCAGCGGCCGAGCACCGAUGAUGAUGGAUUCCAGGUUGUCGGAAUGCCGCACUCCCGCGCGCUCGACUCCAUGACCGACGCUGUCAGCAACAAGUCCGGCGUAAGGCUACCGAGGCGUGUGCUGUGGGACCGCCGGCUGGAUCCGCACCUGCGCCGUGAUUUGGGCAAGUUUCGCAAGUACGAUGGGUCUCGUUUGCGCGACUUGUUACGCAUUAUUCGCAACAAAAAGAACCACUACCAGGACAUGCCUAUGCCCCUGAGAGAGACCCUGGGCGACAUCCCCGAUGGUUACUUGCAUUAUUUUGACUCUCGCUUUCCAUAUCUUUUGCUGCACUGCUAUUACUUUGUACUUGAGGAUGACAGUCUGAGAACGGCGACCGUAUUCAGGCCCUACUUCAGACCACCCUCUUCUCACUUUAGUUGA